UUCUGAUGAUGAACCCUUGGAGGAAACCACUGGGCCAAGUGAAGCAAUGAAGCCACCUGCAAACACCAAGCCCGUUUCUUCAAAGAAAAGGAAACAGCAUACUGAAUGCUUUCCUGGUGCAGAAGAAGAGCAAUCCAAGGAUAAAAAAGAAGGCGAAGGGAAGCCAAAGAGGCGAAGAAAGAAGAAAAUUUCAGAUAUUCUUUCACAAUCAGCUCCAAAACCUGGAACCCCUGAAGAUGUAAAAAAACUGCUUAAUGAACACUUCGGUGCUAAACGUUCUGUAAUUGAAUUAGAAGAAUUAAAGCUACCAGAUGCCUGUUUCCUCCAUCCCAAUGACCUCACCCACAGUUUUUCUUCCUACCUGAAGGAAAUCUGCCCUAAAUGGGCGAAGCUCCGUAAAAACCACAAGGAGAAGAAGUCAGUAGUGAUGCUGAUAAUCUGCAGUUCUGCCCUCCGUUGUCUGGAACUCAUCAAAUCGAUAACUGUGUUCAAAGGGGAUGGCAAAGUUAUGAAAUUGUUUGCAAAGCACAUAAAGAUCCAAGAACAGGAGAAAAUGCUGGAGAAAAGUGUCGUCCACGUGGGUGUUGGGACACCUGGAAGGAUAAAAGCACUCAUAGAACAAGACAGCCUUAGUCUGACAGGCUUGAAGUAUGUCAUCUUAGACUGGAACUGGAGGGAUCAGAAGUUAAGAAGAUUAGUUGAUAUCCCUGAGAUAAGAAAAGAAUCCAUUGACCUUUUGGAGAUGGGCCUGAUCAAGCUGUGCAGAGAAGGUUCUGUGAAGCUGGGACUCUUUUAGAUGGAACUUCAAGAGCCGUAUUCCACUUAUCCCCCGUAUCU